UUCGUUCAUUGCGAUGUGACCAAGGAAAAAGAUGUCGAAAAUGCUGUAAACGCAGCCAUUUCCCAGUAUGGAAAGCUUGACAUUAUGUUGAACAAUGCCGGGAUAAUUGAGGUCCCAAAACCCAACAUACUUGACAAUGAUAAGUCCGAUUUUGAGCGAGUCCUUAAUGUUACCUUAGUAGGUGCAUUCUUGGGCACUAAACAUGCUGCUCGUGUGAUGAAACCAGCUAGCCGGGGCAGUAUCAUUACAACUGCUAGCAUUUGUUCCAAGGUUGGUGGAAUUGCCUCCCAUGCCUACACCAGCUCAAAGCAUGGUGUAGUAGGGCUUAUGAGAAAUGCUGGGGUGGAGCUAGAACAAUUCGACAUUCGUGUUAACUGCAUUUCGCCUUAUGUGGUUGCAACUCCUCUGGCAAAGAAUUUUUUAAACCUAGAUGAUGAAGGAGUUCAUGGGAUUUAUGCCAAUCUUAAGGGGGCGAUCCUUGAACCAGAAGAUGUGGCUGGGGCAGCUCUUUUCUUGGGAAGCGACGAGUCCAAGUAUGUGAGUGGGCUUAAUUUGAUCAUAGACGGAGGCGUCACCAUCACAAAUUCUGGCUUUUCUAUGUUCAGGAAAUCUGAAUGA